AUGGCGCCGAACAUACCGCCCGAUCUGUUCGCAAUCAACAACAGGCGCAACGUUUGGACUGGCGAUGUCAUCGUCGUUCUAGUCGGCAGUCAGGAGAAGCGCUUUAUAGUCCAUGAGACUCCUCUCCGCGAAAACUCCGCAUUCUUCGAAGCUGCUUUGGGAAGAGAUUGGAAGGAAACAGCCGACCGUGUGGUCAAACUACCCGAAGAGGCGCCAUAUCAGUUCCACGUCUACGUCCAUUGGCUGUAUCGCGGACUUUACAGAGGAAUGAAGGAUGGGUCUCAAUUCAGCCCGCGUGACCUUGCGCGCCUCUAUACGCUCGGUUCUCGCCUUCAAGACCACGAUUUUCAAGAUGCAGUCGUCGACGCAUUCAUCUACCGGUGUGGCAUGAUCCCCACUAUCCCCGACGACAAUAUUGUGUACCUCAUCUUCAGUAACACGAUUGAAGGCGAUCCGAUGAGACGAUUCCUCGUUCAUGUGCGCGUGCGAGCUGGGUACUUGGAACUUUCGACCAUGAGAUCGGUGGGCACAUGGCGGAGUUCUAUUUCGAUGUUGCAAAAGCAGCUAUGGAAGGUCCAAAGACAGGCGUAA